AUCUACUACAUGACUGGUCAAGCAAAGGAGGACAGGAUUUAAUGAUGUUUGUGCCAUACACUAUGCACUGCAACUUCACAUUAAACAAGUUUGAACUUAACCUUAUGUGCAAUGAAUAUAACUGGAUGGACUGCAGCUCCCCUAACCUUGAUAAUACUUGUAUAGCUUUUAAUGGGGAACAGAUGGACGUUUCCUUGGUCCUUCCAUUCUCAGAUUUUUUACCAGUGGUUGUACCAGUGAAAGUUAUUUUCAAGGUUGGACCAGUUACUGGCUAUCUAUACAUUCCUGAGAGUUUCAGCAACUAUCACACUUUAAUUGGAAUUGACCAAGCUACCAAUAGCCAUGUACAAUGGCCUGUACCUCGACCUGAUUGGUUCUCAAUUACAAAUAA